ACCCUACAAGCCUAUCACCCCGUGUCUGCGGAGGCGUUCAAAGAAGAAGUGGUGCCCGCAGUGGAGCUGCUCUAUGACGCGGAUCAUUUUCACUAUUUCUUUACGGAUCGUGACGGCACGCUGAAGUCGUACUCGUGCAGCUAUCGAGCGAGCAUUCAACCAGCCUACUCGGGUGUUAUACAGGCUCAAUUCGCGCGACGUUGCGCGCAAACGUGCGCCAUUGUUACCACUUCACCGUUGAUGCAUUUCGGUAUUCUCGACGUGAGUACCAUACCAGAAGGUUACUACUAUUACGCUGCAUCAGUAGGUCGUGAGUGGUUCAUCGAUCCGUCAAAUAAAUUCCGCGAUACGUCGAUUUCUGAGGAUCAACUGGUACUUCUUGAUAGGGUCUGUUUCCAGUGUUUGAUCUUUGGAGUUUGA